AUGGGUUUGAUGUUUGGUAGCUAUGAAAUGUCUAAAAAAUCUUUUCAGCGCCUUGAGGAAAAGAGUUUAUGGUUAAGUAAUUUAAGGGGCACUGAAGAUUUUUUAAGUGGUGCAUUAGCUGGAAUAAUUGGCAAAACUGGCGUAUUUCCUCUUGAUUUGCUAAGAAAACGAUUACAAAUUCAGGGUCCUGAUCGAUUAAAUUAUGUGAUCAAGAAUAUUCCUGCAUAUUCUAGCUCCAUAUAUUCUUGCAUACGGCAAAUAAUUAUCGAAGAAGGUUUCUUGGCCCUUUACAAGGGACUUACCCCUGCAUUGUUAAAAUCUGCACCAGUCAGUGCUACAACGUUUUUUGUCUAUGGACAAACCAAAAAAUUAUUAGAAAGGUUACAUGGGAUAUCUUCAUAG